AUGGGUUUCGAGAAACAGAGACGGAAUCGCAACUCCUUCCUAAUUGAGAGAGAGGACAUCGUCGAGUGGAGGCGGCGGUAUUUGAGGGAAAUCGGAAAGCACAGAGCCCAGAACCGCAAGAUCUACUUCCAGGACGAGACUUGGGUGAACGCCGGCCUUACAGUUCACAAGGUGUGUACUGACAGCACCAUAAAGUCAGCAAGGCAAGCCUUCAUGUCUGGACUGACGACCGGGCUAAAGGUUCUUUCUGGAAAAGGUGAAAGAGUGAUUGUCACCCACGCAGGUAGUGACACUGGGUUCGUGUCCGGCUGCCUGGACGUGUUCCGUGGGAAGAAAAAGGGGGACUACUACGAUGAAAUGAACUCGAACAGGUUUGAAGCAUGGUUUCUUCAUCUGCUGGACCACAUCGAGCCUAACAGAGUAAUUGUUAUAGACAACGCGCCAUACCACAGCAGAAAGGCUGAAGCGGUUCCCACAACUGCAACAAAGAAGGGCGAGAUCCAGCAGUGGCUCUCUUCCAAGAACCUAGACUGGACUGCCACAAUGAAGAAAAAAGACCUUCUGAGCAUCGUGGCAACGGUGAAGGAUAGCUACACAAAGUACGAAGUUGACGUCAUGGCUACGGACGCCGGACACACAGUGUUGAGGCUCCUACCUUACCAUUGCGAACUAAAUCCCAUAGAGUUGAUAUGGGCACGAGUCAAGCAGAAGUACGCCUCCAAGAAUAUUACAUUCAAUCCCAAUGACGCCGAGCGCCUCUUGAGGGAAGCAGUGGACAACGUAUAA